AUGGAGGUGGUCGCGCUGGUGCUGUGCGCGCUGGUGGUGAGCGCCGCGCCCAACGCGACCCACCGCCGCGACGCGCACGAGCCCGUCGCCUUGGAGGAGGAGGACGACCACAUCCUCGACUACUACGAUGAGAACAAGAUCAACAUAUCCGAGAAGGGCAAGUACCUUGGCUCACCGUGCGAGUUUACGUGCAACUCAGAGCUGGUGCACGUGUACUGUGAGCCGAGAAGCAACUCCUGCCAGUGUGAUCCAAAACACCCAGUCGCCCUUGGAGUCGCGAAGGGUUGUGCUAAGCCAAAGAAAUUGGGUGAGCAAUGCUUCUACCAGCAAACAUGUCGCGCCUUCGACCUGCACGCGUCUUGUGUCCAGGUCAACCACAAUGCGUUCUGCCAAUGCGAUCCUGGCUACCACACAACUAGCCACUCGCGCCCGACACAGCGCAUCUUCUGUACCGAAGAUCUCGUGUUGCUGACGGCUGACAUGCCGACGCUGCUAGGAGUGGCGUCGGGGAUAUUCGUUCUAGCCGGACUGCUUUGCAUGGUACUGCACUUGUACACGAAGGCGCGGUAUCACCCAGCGCAUCUGGCAGACGCGAGACUCACACCUCCUUGCUUGUACUCGCUCAACGAUACUGGCGGCACGCUGAGCGCGACGCGCGCGUCGUCCCGCGCGUCGUCCCGCAGCUGCGCGAGCGGCUCGCUGGAGGACGCGCCGCGGCGGGACGCGCGCCGGGCCGCGUCGCGCGCAGGUUCGAGACGUCCAAGUUUAAGUUCAGUGCAGAGUAGCUCAUCGUCGAUUAGGAGUUACAGCGCUAAGAGAUGGGAAAGAGAGAGAGAACAGAAGGAGAGGAGACAGAUGAGCAUGCGCCUUGCUCAGUUGCACGAUAAAAUGGCGGCGGGUAGAGAUCUGCCAAAACAUGCGCCUACGCCGUCUCCGCGCUCGCCAAACAACUCCACCGAUGGGCUACUGCCGGCUGUGUGUGAAAUUAGAGAACUGGUCAUGAAUUCAGAUCAGCAACUGCAAGGCGUGGACGGGCCUUGCUCGAGCUCGUCGCUUUACUGACAGCAGAUGUCAACGACCAUCCGGUCGAUAGACUCCCUAUCAUCCGACGGCACGCCCGCCGUCGCAUGGAUGUAGUUGCACCACCAACGGACGAUUCAUGUUUAUGAGAAAUGAAGACUUGACGAUGUGCGAACGAGAUAACGCAAUAACAGUGAAUCAAACGGAAUCGAAACGUUAAAAAUUUUCAUUUUUCUUAAAACCCCAGAGAAACGUCAUAUCGAAUUAUAGAAUUUAUUGUGAACAUUUUUGAGUUUUUCUAUUUCCGAUUUAUAGUACGAUGUACGAGGCUAUUUUUCAUCACCGCGAUAGAUAUUAAGAUUUCAGAAAGUCCGUAAUAGUAAACAUUUACGUAGAAAAGAUUAAGUCAUAGAUAGUUCAAACAACUGAUCCACAUCUCGUUAAAAUAAAAAAUGCAUGUGAUACAAAUGAACCGUGUACAUAAAUAUGAAAUUACUAACGUAAAUGAUAUCUAAAUAAAAACAGCUGAUCGUAAUUUAGGUAAUGGUUAUAUUAAAGAGAUUUUUAGAAACGAAGUGCUUAAGCUUCUAGUGGGAAGCUUCGCCGAUAGUGUUAGGUCGAAAUUAAUGUAUUGUUUUAAUAACGUGUAAUAAGGUCAGCUACAUUUGUUAAAAAACGUUAUAAUUAGGUACCUAUAGAUGUACUUCUAUCGUUUGUAUUUCGUGGUUGAAAUCUAAAGAAUUUUCGUAACCAGCACAAGGUGAUAAUAAACAACCUUCUAAAAUAUCUGAAGUAUUAUGAAAAGAGAAAAAAUGUUAUAUAUUUCUGGAAAAUUUUAUUUUUUGAGUGGGUAAUAAAGAAUACUAAAAUUCUGGAGAUUUUAAUCACGAGUAAAAUAUAAGUUAUUUAUAUUGAGAGUGUAUAGUUAGCGUUAUGGUUUUGCCUUUGUACAAAUUUUGUUACUUAUUAAUGAAUGAUUUAGGUUGUAUUUAAGCCAAAGGUGUUAUGUUCAAAUGAAAAGAAAUAAAUGUUAUUUGUAUAA